CGCUUACGUCACCGGCCCGGUUCCCUCUCCGGGGAGCGGCGGCGGACGCGCGGCUCCCACCCCCUCCCCUCUCACGGGCUCUCCCCUCCCCAGUGUGGCCGCGACCCGACCCUCUGCAAGGCGAUGGCCCGCGCCCCGAGCGCAGGCUAGCGUGCCUGGGUGCCCGGCCAUGGGCUAUAUCGGCUCUCGGAGCCCGGCGGGUCAGGCAUUUCUGGGGACCAACAGCUGGCUGAGGCUCAGGGACAGAGACGGCUGCUCCAGCUAAAGGUCAGUUGUGAUGUACAUUGCCUGUUGGCACUGUCUAGGGAAUGGGCCUCAGCUCCCCGAGCCCCAGAGAGCUUGGCUGAGCCCUGGUGUUCCCACCUCCUCAGAGCCAUGAGGCAGGAAUGUUCUCCUUAUGUGACUAGGCACAGGUUCCAAAUGGGGAGGGGACUGGCUCAGCAUCCGGAGCCAAAACAGGAAUAGAACUGGGAGCUGAGCCUGGAGCGGUUCUGGGCUUUUGGUUCUCUGCAUCAACACAGCCAGCAUGCCUAUGAUUUCUGUGCUGGGCAAAAUGUUUCUGUGGCAGCGUGAAGGGCCUGGAGGACGAUGGACUUGUCAGACAAGUCGCAGAGUGUCCUCGGACCCCGCGUGGGCUGUGGAGUGGAUCGAACUUCCUCGGGGUCUCUCUCUAUCCUCUUUGGGAUCUGCUCGAACCCUCCGAGGCUGGAGCAGGUCCUCCCGCCCUUCCUCGGUGGACAGCCAGGACUUGCCAGAGGUGAAUGUUGGAGACACAGUCGCGAUGCUGCCCAAGUCUCGGCGAGCCCUAACUAUCCAGGAGAUUGCUGCGCUGGCCAGGUCCUCCCUGCAUGGUAUUUCCCAGGUGGUGAAGGACCACGUGACCAAGCCUACUGCCAUGGCCCAGGGCCGAGUGGCUCACCUCAUUGAGUGGAAGGGCUGGAGCAAGCCGAGUGACUCACCUGCUGCCCUGGAAUCAGCCUUUUCCUCCUAUUCAGACCUCAGCGAGGGCGAACAAGAGGCUCGCUUUGCAGCAGGAGUGGCUGAGCAGUUUGCCAUCGCGGAAGCCAAGCUCCGAGCAUGGUCUUCGGUGGAUGGCGAGGACUCCACUGAUGACUCCUAUGAUGAGGACUUUGCUGGGGGAAUGGACACAGACAUGGCUGGGCAGCUGCCCCUGGGGCCGCACCUCCAGGACCUGUUCACCGGCCACCGGUUCUCCCGGCCUGUGCGCCAGGGCUCUGUGGAGCCUGAGAGCGACUGCUCGCAGACCGUGUCCCCAGACACCCUGUGCUCUAGUCUGUGCAGCCUGGAGGACGGGUUGUUGGGCUCCCCGGCCCGGCUGGCCUCCCAGCUGCUGGGUGAUGAGCUGCUUCUCGCCAAACUGCCCCCCAGCCGGGAAAGUGCCUUCCGCAACCUGGGCCCACUGGAGGCCCAGGACUCGCUCUACAACUCGCCCCUCACAGAGUCCUGCCUUUCCCCCGCUGAGGAGGAGCCAGCCGCCUGCAAGGACUGCCAGCCGCUCUGCCCACCACUAGUGGGCAGCUGGGAACGGCAGCGGCAAGCCUCUGACCUGGCCUCUUCUGGGGUGGUAUCCUUAGAGGAGGAUGAGGCAGAGCCAGAGGAACAGUGACCCACAUCAUGCCUGGUGCUGGCAUGCAUCCCCUGGCUGCUGCCAGGGGCAGAGUCUCUGUGCCCAAGUGCGGGCUCAAGGCUCCCAGCAGAGCUCCACAGCCUAGAGGGCUCCUGGGAGCGCUCGCUUCUCCAUUGUGUGUUUUGCAUGAAAGUGUUUGGAGAGGAGGCAGGGGCUGGGCUGGGGGCGCAUGUCCUGCCCCCACUCCCGGGGCUUGCCGGGGGUUGCCCGGGGCCUCUGGGGCAUGGCUACAGCUGUGGCAGACAGUGAUGUUCAUGUUCUUAAAAUGCCACACACACAUUUCCUCCUCGGAUGAUGUGAACCACUAAGGGGGUUGUGACUGGGCUGUGUGAGGGUGGGGUGGGAGGGGGCCAAGCCAGCAACCCCCCCACCGUCCCCAUGCCUCUCUCUUCUCUGCUUUUCUUCUCACUUCCGAGUCCGUGUGCAGUGCUUGAUAGAAUCACCCCCACCUGGAGGGGCUGGCUCCUGCCCUCCCGGAGCCUAUGGGCUGGAGCCUAUGGGUUGAGCCGUCCCCCAAGGCCCCCUGCCCAGCUGGGCUCAUGCUGUGCUUCAUUCACCUCUCCAUCGUCUCUAAAUCUUCCUCUUUUUUCCUAAAGACAGAAGGUUUUUGGUCUGUUUUUUCAGUCGGAUCUUCCCUGGGAGGCUUUGGAAUGAUGAAAGCAUGUACCCUCCACCCUUUUCCUGGCCCCCUAAUGGGGCCUGGGCCCUUUCCCAACCCCUCCUAGGAUGUGCGGGCAGUGUGCUGGCGCCUCACAGCCAGCCGGGCUGCCCAUUCACGCAGAGCUCUCUGAGCGGGAGGUGGAAGAAAGGAUGGCUCUGGUUGCCACAGAGCUGGGACUUCAUGUUCUUCUAGAGAGGGCCACAAGAGGGCCACAGGGGUGGCCAGGAGUUGUCAGCUGAUGCCUGCUGAGAGGCAGGAAUUGUGCCAGUGAGUGACAGUCAUGAGGAAGUGUCUCUCCUUGGGAAGGAAAGAAGGUAGAGCCUUUCUGUCUGAAUGAAAGGCCAAGGCUAUAGUACAGGGCCCCGCCCCAGCCAGGGUGUUAAUGACCACGCAGUGGAGGCCUCUGGCAGAUCCUGCAUUCCAAGGUCACUGGACUCUAGGUUUUUAUGGUUGUGGGAAGGGUGGGUGGCUUUAGAAUUAAGGGCCUCGUAGGCUUUGGCAGGUAAGAGGGCCCAAGGUAAGAAUGAGAGCCAACGGGCACAAGCAUUCUAUAUAUAAGUGGCUCAUUAGGUGUUUAUUUUGUUCUAUUUAAGAAUUUGUUUUAUUAAAUUAAUAUAAAAAUCUUUGUAAAUCUCUA